AAACAAAAAAAAAAAAAAAAAAACAGUAACACAGAAAAGUCCUUCCUGGUCAGGUGGUGUCCCUGUCCCGCACGCGAGGGCAUUUGGAGGCAAAUUGAACGCCCUCACCCCUCCCCGUCCUUUUUCGUCACGUCAAGCCUCUUUGCAUACCGACUUCCUUCUCCCGCUGGUCUCCAUCAGCCAGCCGGCGAGGCGAAGCGUAGCGAGCAGCAGCAGCAGCAGCAGCAGCAGCUGAUAACAUGACGGGAGGAUACAGUGUCACGGAGAGCCACGAAGAGCUGACUUGAAAAACUUCAUUCGGGAAGUAGGCGGAUGUCGUGUGCGACCGACCGACUCCCAGCUCGGAGAGAGCGGCUACAAGCAGAGGAGCGGAGGAAUGGAUAAUAUCUGAUGCACCGGGGGAGAUUUUUUUGUUGUUGUUUUUCUUUAUUAUUAUUAUUAUUAUUAUUAUUAUUAUUAUUUGCUCGACGCGAAGAGGCGGAAUAUGCCGGUGUCGGUACACUACUGUACGUGGGAAGUACACGGACUGCUUUUCCUCCAACUCGCACCUCUUAACCUAAGGAUUUAAAUCAGCACUUUCUUUUUUUUUUUGCGUGUGUGUGUGUGUGGCUAAUUCUAGCUCCACGGUGUGUUGCUUAUUUAAUUUAAUGUAUUUAUUUUUUGUAGCGUCAUAGUGAGCGAGGGCUCUUUCCUGCGGAUUAUUAUUAUUAUUAUUAUUAUUUGGAAGCUAAUACGCGUUUUUAAAUGUAUAAAAUUAGACAUGGGGUGGACCCCUCUGAAGCCAUUAGAAGCACCCCUUAGCUCCCCUUUUUGACCCACCACUAAUUACUAUUUCCCGAUAGCCUGCCCCCCUCCCUCCCCUCAUUACAGGUGUCUAUUUUUUUCGUGACACCGCAUAUUCGACUUAUAAUUCUUCUGUAUUUCCCUCCCCUGCCUACUGCUGUGUGAAUUUUGACAUAUUUUCCGUGUGUCUUUAUAAUCGAUUGACCCAUCACAGGAUACGAAUCCCCACAUUUCUUCCCCCCACUCUUCUCCUAAUUUCCACCAUGAGUUAUAUGGUUGUAAAUGUAUUGCUACGUGGACUCGUCAUCUAUGCGGUACUGGGCUCGGAGUGCUCCUGCUCCAGCGAUCUGCCAAGCCACUCGUCUGAUGCUGCAAAUGUAGCCACCACAGACCCGUGUCUCAUAGUGAUGCCGCCAUGCGCGGGCGAGGCCGACCGCUUCAGCCUGGAGGCGCUGCGGCACAUCCACAAACAGCUGGACGACGACAACGAUGGAGGGAUAGAGGUCAACGAGAGCGUGGAGUUCAUAAUAGAAGACAUGAAGCAGCAGCAGACCAACAAACACAGCAACCUGCACCGGGAAGACCAGCACAUCACAGUGGAGGAGCUGUGGAAGGGCUGGAAGACUUGUGAAGUCCACAACUGGACCAUGGAGGACACGGUGCAGUGGCUGAAGGAGUCGGUGGAGCUGCCGCAGUACGAGAAGAACUUCCGGGACUUCAGAGUCACAGGGAACACGCUACCCCGAAUAGCGGCGAAUGAGCCGUCGUUCAUGUCGAUGCAGCUGAAGAUAUUAGACCAGCGGCAUAAACAAAAGUUAAACUUGAAGGCGCUCGAUGCUGUGCUUUUCGGGCCUCCGCUUCGUCCGCAGCACAACUGGGUGAAAGACUUCGUCCUGAUGGUUUCCAUCGUGAUCGGCGUGGGAGGCUGCUGGUUCGCCUACAUUCAGAACAAGUCCAGCAAGGUGCACAUUUCUCAGAUGAUGAAAGAUCUGGAGAGCCUUCAGAAUGCCGAGCAGAGCUUGAUGGAGCUGCAGAGUCGGCUGGAAAAGGCUCAGGAGGAGAACCGCACCGUUGCCGUGGAGAAGGAGAACCUUGAGCAGAAGAUGCGGGACGAGAUCAUCGACGCCAAAAAGGAGGCUCACCGACUGCGAGAGCUGCGGGAGGGCGCCGAGUGCGAGCUAAGCCGGCUGAAAUACGCAGAGGAGGAGCUCGUGCAGGUGCGAAGGGCUCUGAAGCGGGCGGAGAAGGAGAUGCAGUCGGAGCGUUCGGUCCCCGAAGCGCUGCAGAAAUGGCUUCAGCUCACGCACGAGGUGGAAGUUCAGUACUACAACAUCAAGAAGCAGAGCGCCGAGUUUCAGCUCUACGUCGCCAAAGACGAGCAUUGA